ACAUGUAUUCUGCUCGAUUCUGGAAAAAAAAACCCAAUUCCUCGAUCUCUUCUUCCUCGCCGUUUAUACUAUGGUCAAACAAAGCUGGUGAUCCCAGCCAUGGCUCUCUCGACAAAUUUCAGCAAUUCCGACGAUGAUGUUAAACCCAUCGAUGGUCGAAUUCUUCUUAGUCGAGCCUAGAAUAUGUUCUUAGCAUGCCUUCUUCAAGCUCUCUCGUGUUACUGACCUAUCAAAGAAGAAGCUAAUCCUUCACCAACCACCACCAUCGUCUUCCUCUUUGUCUCCUUGCCGGUUGUUACCUUAUGCUCCGAAUCUUGUGGUGUUGUCUUCCUCCUCCGUUGUGAUUAGCUGUCUCAGCGGUGGUAGAGUUUCCUCCAACGAUUCGUAUGUAUCUACUCGCCGGUCUAAGUUGGAUUGCGGUUUCACUGUGAUUGCGAAUUUGGUGAAUCGGAUCCAGCCGCUUGAUAUGUCUGUUAAGGCUUAUCCUAUUCAGCUAAGGAUUCCAUGAAACAGACGAUUUUUCUUCUAUGCUUGGACUCCUUCCUUCCGAUCAAUUCUCCGUUUCCGUUACCAUCUCCGAGCAGCCUCUCUCUCAUUUCCUUAUCUCUCCCAUCAUCACCGAAGUGUCGUGUAUCACUUAGGAGGAACUUUGACAUACCGAUUGAUCCUAGAAAGGAGGAGGAUCAGUCUUUGGAAGACGAUGUUAGAUUUUGUUCUGAGAAGGGAGUGGGUGAGGAUUUAGGGAAUUGUGUUGAAGAAUUAGAGAGACUGAGUCAUCAAGUGUUUGGAGACUUGUCACCUGAAGCAUUGAGUUAUAUUCAGCAUUUGCAGUCUGAGUUAUCUACCAUGAAAGAGCUUCGUUGAUUGAGAACUGUUCGAGUCGUUGUUUUGCAGCAGCUCCUUUUGUGGGUUUAUAUUAUCAGCUGGAUGUGUGGUACUUACAGAGAUAAGCUUAGAGAUGGGUCAUGCAUUGUUUAGUUUUGAUUCGAUUCUUUAGUUUUUACCGGAAAUGUUGAGUUCCGAUCUGAUACAUGGUGUUGUGUUUUAAAAAACAAUAAUGCCAUCUUCUUCUUCUUCUUUCGAAGCACACUAAUUUAUUGUUCACAUGUUUGUUUCUGGAAUGCAUUAAUGGGUUUCUGUGUUUUGGUGAAAAAGUUGAGACCUUUCUUGAUUUGUUUUGGAGCAAAUUGAUCACGCCCUUAAAACGUUGAAUAAUAACUUAAAUUGAUACUGAUGCUUGCUGGAAAAAACAUCAACACUGGACUCCAUGGGAUCGGGAACAUGAGGAAAGAAGAAUUCUUAGAGUCACUAUGGGCCAUGAUGCCCCAUACAUGUGUAACUUAAAUGACAUUGACAACACAUGCGAGAAGUGCUACCACUACAAGCUUAUACCACUACAAGCUUAUGGUCAAGGUCGUUUACAUGAUCUAACAAAGAAAACAAAUAAUAUAUAACCAUCUCAUUGUUAUCAUAUCUAUUUUCUUUUACCAUAUUUUCAGUUAUUUUAUUUCCCAAAAUCAUGUAUAACCUCCAGUUAUAUGAAUUCCAAUAUCAAUGUUUGUUCUA